GGUGUGGAGCUGAACUGUGACAAGAUCCAACAGUCCCCGAGUUCAGGACGUCUCUCCACUGAUGAACUGUCUCCUGCUCAGUGUUCAGCUCUGAUCUGCAUCUCAUUGUCAUCAGGAAAACAUCUGGACGUGUUGGACCUGAAGAACCUGAGUCUGGUGCCAGCGGUCAAAGCCUCCAACAAAGCUCUGGUUGAACCUGCUGGAGAUCAGUGGCUGAAACCUGGUCUGAGGAAGUAUGCCUGUGAACUCACAAUUGACACAAACACAGUGAACGGAGAGCUCAAACUGUCUGUCAACAACAGGAAGGUGACAUAUGUGGGAGAGGCUCAGUCAUAUCCUGAUCAUCCAGACAGGUUUGAUCUCUGGCCUCAGCUGCUGUGUAGAACUGGUCUGACUGGUCGCUGUUACUGGGAGGUCAAGUGGAGAGGAGUAGUUUUUACAUCAGUGAGUUACAGAGGAAUCACAAGGAGAGGAAGCAGUGAAGACUGUAUGUUUGGAGGGAACGAUCAUUCCUGGAGUCUGUUGUGCUCUGGUGAUGGUUACACUGUCUGGCACAAUAACAGAAGCACACAACUCUCCUCAUCCUCAUCAUCAUCCUCCUCCUCCUCCUCCCCCUCUGGUAGAGUAGCAGUGUAUGUGGACUGUCCUGCUGACUCUCUGUCCUGCUACAGAGUCUCCUCUGACACACUGAUCCACCUCCACACCUUCAACACCACAUUCACUGAACCUCUUUAUCCUGGCUUUGGGUUUGGGUCCAGGUCCAGGUCCAGGUCUGGUUCAGUGUCUCUGUGUUCUGUGUAGGAGGGAGAGUCUCCUCCUCUGUAAAAACUCACUCUGCUGACGAUCAGAUUCAGAUCAAUAGAAAAAAAUAUAAUCAACAAAUAAAUCACUUUUAUAUAUUAUUAUGGAGAAAACAAUCAACCUUUAUUGAUCCCUCGGUGAAACUCAGAAAUUAAUACUUUAGUACUUUUACUUUCAUUGUGAAUGCAGGACUUUCAGGUUUCACUACUUUAACUUAAAGAUCCGUUGUAGACUUUCGGAUGAAUGAACAUAAUAUUAAUAAGUAUAUUUUCAUCAUCACUUGAAGAUAAGAAUCGUUGUGUUUCGUUCCCUUAGAAUGAGCAAAAGUGAUGAUUGUGUAAUUGAUGAAAACACUAGAAAUCUUUGUGUUUGAUGAGCUUCAGGUUGGGCUCUGAUGUUUCUGUUUUCAUCACUUUGUUCACUCGAGAGGACAAAAUCAUUCGAGAGGACAAAAUCAUUCCAAAGACGUCCUCAUGAAGCU